GAGCAGGGGGAUUCCCCGAGGGAAGUUCCCAACUCAUACUGGGGCUAUGUAAAACAUACAGCACCAUAUCCUCUCCGGCGCUUCGUAACUUUGCAUCUGAAGAUUAGGGCGACGAUGCUGCGAUGGUGUCAAAAUAACAAAUACGACUUUAUUAAUAAGGGACUCAAAUGAAGGGCUCAUGUCUGCCGUGACAGUGAUGACAAGGCAUGGAAAGGAACAUUGGAGACCAGCUCAACAAAGCUUUUGAAGCUUACCGCCAGGUCUCCAUCGAAAAAGACAAUGCUCAAAAGGAGUUGCAGAAAAUGAAGGAACGUCAUGAGCAAUACACCCAAGAACUUAUGAAGCAGAUAGAAGACCAGCAGCGUUUGAUUUCUGAUCUCGAAGCUAAGUUGUCAGCAGCAAGGCAACCCCCAGGAGAGAUAAAAUGUGAACCGUGCAACCAUAUCCUCACAGCGGCCGGCUCUUAUAGGAGGAUACAGUACCCGGAGAAAAUGACUGUUGCUGGUGCUCCAAAUUUGACAGUGAACACCAGCGCUGACUAUCAGGACAUGCUGCUGGCAUUUGAAGCAAUUCAGGUCAAACUCCGACAGAUCCAGACCCUGACCACAAAACAGAAACAUCAUCUUAAACGGCUCCACGGAAGUUACGACACUUCAAACGGUCAAGCUCCGUCAGAUUGGAUGGAGGGCAUCUAUGAACGUCGGCUUUUGAGUUUUCUAACAGAUUUGGACUUAGACCAGCGCUUCUCCAUGCCAAUCCAGUGCACAGACCGAACCGCAGAAGCAGAGAGGCCCUUCCCUUCAGCUCUGAGGUCAACAGUGAACAUCCCCCACCUGUCUGCGUCCUUGGCGCCCCGUGGUGCCAGUCAGGAGGACUUGGUAGACUCUCUCACCAAACUCAGUGUCAAAUUCCCGCCCUCUGCGGACAGUGAAUACGACUUCCUGAACAGCGCUCCAGAGAGGAACAUCGCCCUGUCGAUGCCUCGAAAGCAGCCCCUCAGCUCCCCCACGCUGCCGGAGGAGGAGCUGGUAGAAAUGCCCUUGCCUUUUGUCUAUUCCACGUCCCCCUCCCACUCUACGUCCUCCUCGCCCUCCCUGGAGAGCGUGCGGGGACCCCAGCAGUCCCUCUGGACGCCCGAGCGGUGUGACGCAGUUGACCUCGGAGCCAACCAGGAGCCUCCGAGCAGCAGUCCAAUUAAAUGCGCAUUCUGCCCCGAUGUAGUUCCCCAGAACCUCAUGACAAGCCACCUCUACUUGCACUUCUCGCCCAAGAAGGAAGCAGAGAAUUGACAGCGGACUGCGGCUGCAGAGACUGACAGGCAAAGGUCCGAACUUACUUCAAGAACUUUUUACUGUUUUGAUGGUCUCCGCGGGAGUGGUCCUGCAUGCCAUGAACUCCAAGGCGCUGUACAGGAUUGGAAAAUUACACUGCUAUAAGACUUGAACUCAUUUAUUUAAUACUGAAGAAUUCAAUGGUACACUUUUUUGUCCAUAUUGAUUUUCUAAUAUCACACUGAGAAUUUACAGUGAUGCAUAUGAUAUAUAUAUGAGCAAAUAAACAAUAUAUUUACUCUU